CCGAUCUCUCCGAUCUCUUCUAAAAUGCCGGCUAGAAAGUUAACGUUAUACGCUAGUGUAGCUAUAGGAGUAACUGGACUGUCAGUCUUAGGAAUUGUUUUUAAAAUUCGGCGAAAGAGAUGUUCUGAGCUGCACACGUUUGGCUCGAUGUUACGACAACAUUUCGAAUACUUCAUAUUUUCCCUCUUUGGGACGAGAAUGACACGAAAGUUGGAAAAAGAUAGCAUCAAUUUUAUCCAAGUACAAGAAGAAACUUUGUUUAAGAUUCUCAAGAGUAACGCUGGUACAGAAUAUGGACAUAAGUACAAUUUUGGUGACAUUCACGAUAAGGUCAAAUAUGUUAGUCAACACCCGCUGACGAGAUACAAUCACUAUGAAUCUUACAUAGAAAAGAUCUCUCAGGGUGAGAAGAACGUUCUUACUGCAAAGGAGCCUUACCAGCUGGGUGUUACUUCUGGAACCUCAGGAAAAAGUAGUCUACUUCCAACUACAAAUGACAUCCCUCGCAUCUUUUUCACCAAUGGUGUACUUGUUGGCAUAAAUACCAUGUUUGAGGCUUAUCCUGGGUCCUACCAGCUGCAGAAAAACUUGAAGUUCUUUUAUUCACCAAAGUGGCGCUACACAUCCUCUGGCCUGCCCAUUGGUCCAAAUUCCUCAUCACCCAGCAACUCACAGCGAAUCCUCCAUCUUUAUACCACUCCAAAAGCAGGUUAUGACAUCAUAACAGAACCAGAAGCCUUGUACAUUCACUUACUGUUUGCUUUAAAGGAUCGAAAUCUAGGCAUUUUGGAGGCAAAUUUUUCCCAGCUGGUGUAUUCCGGGCUCCUUGCACUUGAAGCUCAGUGGAAGUCACUAGUGGAGGAUGUUGAACUUGGGAGGGUGAACCCAAAUUUGAACAUUAAAGAAGAUGUCAGAAGUAAACUAGAUAGCCUCCUCAAGCCUGAUAAUGAACGAGCUGACGAACUGGAGAGAGAAUUUACCAAAGGGUUCGACGGAAUUGUCAAGAGAAUAUGGCCACAUAUUAACUUAGUCCUCGCUUGUUCCACAGGUUCAUCAGAGCUGUAUGCCAGCAAACUAAAGGAAAAAUAUCUGGGUGAUGUGCCAAUUUACUCGCCGUUUUAUGGAUCGACUGAAGGUCUGAUCGGAGUUAAUCUGUGGCCACAAGAAACGACCCCAGUUUACAUGCUGGUGCCUCGUGCAAUGUUCUUUGAGUUCAUUCCAGUGGAAGAAAGCAGUGAAGAACAGCCGAAAACGCUGUUUGGUGAAAACAUCGAAGUUGGAAAACUCUACGAGUUAGUGGUGACAAAUCCUAGCGGACUUUACCGAUACAGAAUCGGAGAUGUAGUCAAGGUUGCUCGUUUUCAUAACAGUUGCCCUGUAGUAGAAUUCCAGUAUCGUCAAGGGCAAAUACUUAAUGUUCGGGCUGAAAAAACGUCUGAGCGCGUUUUCUACGACGCACUGACGGCUGCGCUUGGCCAGGAAGGACAGCGGCUUCAGAUGGUGGAUUACACUUGCACGGAAAGCGUUAUGCUUAGCACACAGAGUUACGUGAUUAGCGAAAACGUAAAAAGUGUGGCGCCAUUUUAUGCUGUGUUUAUAGAGUGGAAUGACAGGGAACAGAAGGAAGAUGAUAUAAAAGGUGUUGAACAGAAGAUCGACGAGGCGUUAUGUAGAUUCAGUCCCGUUUACGAGUCGUUCAGGCGCAAGGGAAGCAUAUCUUGCUUAAAACUCUUCGCAGUAAGAGAAGGAACUUUUUGCGAACUGCGACAAUAUCUGCUCCGCAACAAUCCUGCAGCGGCUAAUCAGAUCAAAAUACCGCGGGUUGUGAAGACGAAAGAGGCGCUCGAUAUCUUGUUGAGAAAUACGACAACGUAAAAGGCGUUGUGUUACAAUAUUUUGAGUCGUUUGGGACGGCGUUUAGAAUUACCUUGAACAUGAAGGGAAAGUCAAGAUAUUAAUUUGGUAGGGAAGAAUAACUCCAAAAGGGAAAGAAAAUACGAAAGGAAAAGAAGGAUUUGCAAGUAUAGAGAAGAUUUACACGGAUUGCUAAUUUGCAAACAGCUACAUAAUUCUUGUAGUAUCUGUUAUCCAAAUGCAUCUAACCAAACGACCGUGCAGUCGCCACUGCAACUGAGCUUUUUACCUCAUUUGAGUAUCAAAAAGGGAAAAAUGAGAGUCCGUGACUUGCAAUAACAUUUGUGGGGUAUAUGCUAUAUUUUUACUGCCUGUAUGGUGGAUUUAAAAUAUGUUAAUUAUAUCUUUAUUGUUCGUCAAGCUGGUUUUAAAUGCGAUUCCUAGUUAAGAGGAACGAUUUAAGUGAACUCGAAAUUCCUGUUCAGCCGUUAGCUCAUUUUAACUCAUCAUUUACUAAAGGUGUUAAAGAUUUUAUCCAUAAAUUGCUCUUGAAAAAAGCGGGAUGUAUAAAGAGAGAUUUUGCCAAAGACAGCGUUGAAUUUAAACAGGCCGUCGUCCUUUACCGUUAGCAAAAAUGCGUCCUGCGAAAUUGACCAAUGACAACGCGCGUAGUAACUGCGAGAUGUAAAAAGUGAUUUUAAUCCUAACACUUCGUAAACUCGGUGACGCGAGUACAUUUAGGAUCUUAAAUACGAAUUUUACGCUUUCAUGAUUUUAAUCCUGACACAAAUUUCUUAAUGGACUGAAACGGUAAUUUCACCUUCACAUAAACCUACAUUCGAAAGCUUUGAAAGCAUAUUUUGAUUUAUUUAUGUCGCCAUUUAGAUAAUAGAUAAAACUCAUUUCGCCUCUGCAGUCGUUGUUCUUUUAAAGAUCAUCGCUAAAUCAUUGCAGUGGACUCAGUUUCAUUAAAGGCUGGAUGCCUCUAGGCGUGAUCUAAGUACAUGUAAA